UCUCAGACUCUCCAGCUUUGUAAAUCACCAAUUCAAAAUCUCCCCCAACCAAAACUCUCACUAUCUCUCUCCGAUUGAUUUGCUGGUGGCAAUAAUAACAACCGAACACUGACCAGUUCUGUGAAAUUUCCGGCGGAUGAUAUUGGCUAGCGGAGGUGGAGGAGGACGCGAUGGCGUCGGUGACGCCGGUGAACAGGAUCGAGCGGGCCCACCGGAUGUACCGGGAAGGUAGCUACUCGGAGGCGCUAGGGUUUUACACCGAAGCCCUGUCCAUGGCCAGGACCAAACCCCAGAAGAUCGCCCUCCGCAGCAACCGAGCUGCUUGCUUCUUGAAGCUCCACGAUUUCAAAAAGGCCGCAGAUGAAUGUACCUCAGUUCUUGAGCUUGAUUACAAUCACACUGGAGCACUGAUGUUGCGGGCGCAGACCCUGGUGACCCUCAAGGAAUAUCACUCAGCGCUCUUUGAUGUUCAUCGACUUAUCGAGCUAAAUCCAUCAUCGGAAGUUUAUCAAAACCUUCAAGCCCGUCUAAAGACGCAAGUGUUACUUGCUCCAAUACCUGAAUCCGAAGCAGAGCUAGAAGAAGAGGAAGACGAGGAGGAGGAUGAAGUAGAGCCAGAUAGAUAUCAGGAGAAAGAGGAGCAAUACAAAGAAAAGAAGAUGUAUUUUCAGACAACUGCUGUCGCCAAUGUGAUUCCCCCUAAGACACCAGUAAACAGGGAAGUUUCUCCACAGGGAAGGGAUCCAAAAGGUAACUCGAUAAAGACCACUUUCCCAGCUGAAGUUGUUGCCCCUCGUGCAGAGCACGUCAAGGCAUCGUCUGAAAAAGAAAAAGACAAAGGAUGGCAAGCAAUCCCGAAACCAAAGGGACACUCUUCUCUGGACUAUGCACGGUGGGACAGAGUGGAAGAUGACUCUAGUGAAGAUGAUGAUGAUGACGAUGACGAUGAGGACUCUCAACCUCAGUAUAGAUUCCGUGUAAAAACUGUUGGUGUCCGGCCAGUGAAGUGAAGAGGAGGCUGAGGAGCAUAUACACAGUACUCAAGAUCAAUAGCCAUCAUAUUUUUUUGCUACAACCAGCCACAAAGUACAAAAUCACAGUGAAGUAAGCAGGACGGGAAAGUUGUGGUAGUUCCAAGUGCAGAAACUUUGUGAAGGCUAUGAGAAUCUAGCUUUGAAGUCCGGGCGUGCUUUGGCAGUGUAUCAUUUUAAGAUAAAGGAGUCUGCAUUUUAGCUCUUCGGCUCAAGUUGGAUAUCUUGACUCUGUGCGGUUCCUACUAUGCUGCAAUCUUCAAACGAUUCAUGCUGUUGCACAAAAAUAAGCAGAGGCUCGGUCUGCAAACAGUUGAAUUCCAACUUGUCCCCGCUGACUAGUGCUUGCAGGGUCAGGUAAAAUUGUUGGUUAUGUGAUGUAAUUACAUACCUUUGUAAAUUUUUACUGCAAUGCUUGUAAGAAAAUAAUAUAUAGGUUUCCCA